UGCCUCAACCAGCACAUUCCAAUCCCAGCUGCCAAGCAGUCAAGAUGUCGAACGUUAAACUUCUACUACUCGUUCUCGUCGUUGUCACGCUGCUCCUCCUGGUCGCGGCUCGGCCCAAGUCACGGUCUCCAGUCUAUAACGAGGUCACCUCCCUGCCGGCGGAGCGCGAGAGUCUGGGCAACGAGCUGCUGGAGCAACAGAUCUCCCCAUGGAGGCGACAGGCCAAGAAGGACUUCUCCAUGAGGCGGCACUCCUACAUCAAUCCCAAGAUGAUGCUCUCGCGGAGUCCCUUCCUCCAGCGCAUCUACGAUCUGCCGGAGCCGGACAUUGCACCCGGCGGAGCCAACUACUUUGGUAACGAGGUGCUGCCGCUGGCCACCUACGAGAUCAUGGAACCAGAAUCCCUGUACUAGGGGAGGCAUCUUUAAGGCUUAAAUAUAUUAUAAGGUGAAAGAAUUUCAAAUAGUGAUAGGAAAUUUCUUUCUUUUAAAGAAAUACAAAUGGAUCUUGUAAGAUAAUAUAAUUGUAUUGUAUUGA